CGGAUCCAUUAGCCCACUGGCCACUAGUUUCAUCACUGGGAAAAAGAACGAGAGUGCUUAUACCCACCAAUUCAGUGGCUAUAGCCGGAGUCUCUCUCUCCGUCUCUGUGUGUUCAUCUGGUUCCGGUGACAAACAACGAUGACCUUUUCGUCCUGGUUUUCUCGUCUACGUUCCGCUUCGAAGGACUUCUUCUACUCCAACCUCCGAAGCUCAUAUUUCCAUAAUCUUAACACUCCAAGAUCACCCACCACGCAUAUCUUCCACUCCCAUAGCUCAAGAAACUCAUAUCUACCGCUGCUUCCUGCGGUCCUUGCAGCCUCAGUUGGAUCAAUUGCCCUUCAGUCUCAUUCAAAAUAUUCAUUCUCUGACGCUUCUGAUCUCGAUGCUAGAGGUGGCAGCUUUGGGGGAAAAGGUAGCACGGAGUUUGUGGUAAAGGGCUCUCGUAAGGAACUUCCACAAGAGCUCGUUGGUGAACUGAAGGCUAUCUGUCAAGAUAACAUUACUACGGAUUAUGAUGAGAGGUAUAUCCAUGGAAAACCACAAAACAGCUUUCACAAAGCAGUCAAUAUCCCUGAUGUGGUUGUUUUUCCAAGGUCCGAGGAAGAAGUUUCCAAGAUAGUCAAAUCAUGUGACAAGCAUAAGGUCCCCAUUGUACCAUAUGGUGGAGCUACAUCAAUUGAGGGUCACACCUUGUCUCCAAAUGGAGGUGUUUGCAUCGACAUGACAUUGAUGAAGAGCAUUAAAGCGUUACAUAUUGAGGACAUGGAUGUGGUUGUUGAGCCUGGGAUUGGAUGGAUGGAGCUUAAUGAAUACCUAGAGCCUUAUGGUCUGUUCUUUCCCCUUGAUCCAGGGCCUGGUGCUACCAUCGGGGGUAUGUGUGCUACACGUUGUUCCGGUUCUUUAGCUGUGAGGUAUGGAACCAUGCGUGAUAAUGUCAUAAAUCUCAAGGUAGUUCUUGCCAAUGGAGAUAUUGUCAAGACGGCAUCUCGUGCUCGAAAGAGUGCUGCAGGGUAUGAUUUGACCCGCCUGAUGAUUGGAAGUGAAGGAACUCUGGGUGUGAUAACAGAAGUCACUCUUCGGCUUCAGAAAAUCCCACAGUAUUCAGUGGUUGCAAUGUGUAAUUUCCCUUCAGUUAAGGAUGCAGCAGAUGUUGCUAUUGCCACGAUGCUGUCUGGUAUACAGGUGUCAAGGGUAGAACUGUUGGAUGAGGUUCAAGUGAGGGCUAUCAACAUUGCUAAUGGAAAAGAUUUGCAUGAAAGUCCAACUUUGAUGUUUGAAUUUAUUGGCACAGAGGCGUAUUCACGCGAGCAAACACAAAUUGUUCAGAAGAUCGUUGCAGAGCACAAUGGCUCAGAUUUUGUUUUUGCAGAAGAUUCCGAUGCUAAAAAGGAACUUUGGAAGAUAAGGAAGGAGGCACUCUGGGCUUGCUUUGCAUUCAAACCUAAUUUUGAGGCAAUGAUUACGGAUGUAUGUGUUCCUCUCUCAUCCCUUGCAGAAUUAAUAUCAAGGUCCAAACAAGAGCUCAACGCAUCACCACUGGUCUGCACAGUUGUUGCUCAUGCUGGUGAUGGAAAUUUCCACACGGUGAUUCUGUUCGACCCUAACAUAGAUGAACACCGGCAGGAGGCAGAGAGACUUAACCAAUUUAUGGUUUAUACCGCAUUGGCAAUGGAAGGAACAUGUACCGGUGAACAUGGUGUUGGUACAGGGAAAGUGAAGUAUCUUGAGAAAGAGCUUGGAAUGGAGGCUCUGAGGACAAUGAAAAGAAUAAAGGCUGCUUUAGAUCCCAACAAUAUUAUGAAUCCAGGAAAGCUCAUUCCUCCCCAUGUUUGUUUCUAAUCUUUGCUCAUAUAUGCAUGCCCAAUCCUCUGUUCUCACAUGCGUGCACAUCCUCUUUAGGAACUGUUGUGCCUUCCAAAUAUUGUACCUGCCAGAGUGGCAGAAUCUGUUUUGUAAUCCACAGGCAAUAAUGACUCGUAAACUUGGUCGAUGGGCAAUUACAUCAGACUUUUUAGUGUAAUUACAUCAGUCCUCCCACAACAUCUGUUUGGCGUUGACUUGGGAAAUUAAAAAGUUGUUACUUCA